GUAUGGUGAAUUAUGAAUUAAAAAAAUUCAAUAGAUAUCCUACUGAAAAUCCUGAAGAAUAUAUUGAAGAAUUUAGAUUGUGGCUUAUAGAUUCUGGAAUAGAUGUAGGGGCUGGACAUGCUAAUAGAAUUAAUGCUUAUAAUGUUUUUAUAAUAUCUCUCAAAGCUAAUAUUCAAGGAAAAAAUGCUGGUCAAAUUGGAGCACAGGUCUUAAAUUAUACAAAUGAACAGAAUGCCAGCUUAUAUA